UUGAUAUUUGCAUUAGUAUAGGGGGUUGCAGCUUCGAAAUGAUGACCACAACCACCCCUUUCCCUUAAUUAAUUACCUAACACCUGAAAUUAGGGUUUUGGCCGUAAUGACUUGUCAGCAAAACCUUCACGCUCCCUCUAUUAACCAUGGCAUCCGUAAGAAUUUAGAGAAGACUACAGAAUAUUAGGGUAUCUGAUCUGAGUGCAAAUGGAGUUCUGCCCAACUUGCGGGAAUAUGCUUCUCUAUGAACUGCCUCACAUGGAGCGCCCUGCCAGAUUUUACUGUCCAACAUGUCCUUAUGUAUGUCAAAUAGAAAGCAAGGUUAAGAUAAAAAGACACUUGCGCUUGGUUAAGAAACCAAUAGAUCCCAUUUUCUCCGAGGACGACAGGAAGAAUUUAAACAAAACUACAGGAGUUAAUUGCCCUGACUGCAAUCAUGGGGAAGCUUCUUUCACCCAAGUGCAGACCAGGUCAGCUGAUGAACCAAUGACAGUAUUCUAUACAUGCACAAAGUGUAACCGCACUUGGACAGAAAACUAGAGCUUCUCUGCAUUCUUUCGGUGUAGGGCUUCUUGUAUACAGCUGACGACUGUUAUCCUUCAUGUUCGUUAAGCCAUAGUUCUUAUUUUGGAAAGUUUAUUGCUGGUAUCAGUGCAUGUAGGCUGAUGACGUUUACAUUUACAUUAUAUGCUUUCAAGUUUUUACCAUGUCUUAUUGCCUGCUGAAAAUUUUACAGCAGAAAAUGAAUAAAAAGGCUUGGUAUCACUCA